UAUAAAAGCUAUUAUUAUUAGUAUAAAUUAAAAAUGAUUAAUCUCCAUUUUAGCUUCUCUUAAAUCAAAGCCUCACCAUCUCUUCCUUCUAUGGGUAGGUGCCUGUCUGUCCGUCUGUCACACACACAAAGAGAAGAAGAAGAAGAAGACGAAACGAUUCUUCCCCUACUUUCAGCUAGUCGCUUCGAUUUCACCGCCGAUCUUUUUCCGUUAUCUUUCCCUCUUAAUUUCCAACUUUACCCCUCCCAUUCCCAGUAAGUCCAUUUCUACUCCUUUCCUCCUUUCCAAUCUCUUUAUCUCGAAAUAAAGCGAUUUAAAAAAGGACAAAAAAGAAAAAAAAAAAAGAUUUAUUUAUGAUAAUUCGAUUGAGAUAAAAAAUAGAUGGGGCACAAAAAGAAAAACGUUGCUCCACGCUCAAAACAGUCGCCGCCGGUGGCUGCCAUAACGCCGAUGGGUGCUUUUAACGAUUCAGCUGAAGCCGAGCUGACUGGGAAUAAUGCGAAAAUCGAGCUAUUUGCGGUUCCCGUUGAAUCGGAUGAUUCGUCUUCGCAUGCGGCGGUUAAGGUAGAGUGCGAGCGAGCCCUAACGGCUCUCCGACGUGGCAACCAUACGAAAGCGCUUCGAUUGAUGAAAGAAUCGUGCACUCAUCACGAGAACUCGGCUCACGCGGCGCUAAUCCACCGCGUUCAAGGCACGGUCUGCGUGAAAGUGGCGUCCAUCAUCGAUGACCCUAACGCCAAACACCGGCAUUUGAAAAACGCGAUCGAUUCAGCCAAAAAAGCUGUGGAAUUAUCUCCGAACUCGAUAGAAUUUGCUCAUUUUUAUGCUAAUUUACUUUAUGAAGCGGCCAACGAUGGAAAAGAGUACGAAGAAGUGGUUCAAGAAUGCGAACGCGCGUUGGCCAUUGAGAAUCCGGUGGAUCCCGCCAAAGAAAGCUUACAAGAAGAGAGUCAACAGAAAAUAUCUACUGCGGAGGCAAGGAUUUUGCACGUGCAAAAUGAGCUUAGGUCUUUGAUACAGAAAUCGAAUAUUGCUUCGAUUUCUACUUGGAUGAAGAAUUUAGGGAAUGGAGAAGAGAAGUUUAGAUUAAUUCCAAUUCGGAGAGUUACUGAGGAUCCAAUGGAGGUUAGGUUAGUGCAAACGAGAAGGCCUAAUGAGAUUAAGAAAGCUACAAAGACGCCAGAAGAAAGAAGGAAAGAGAUUGAGGUUAGAGUUGCUGCCGCUAGGUUGUUGCAGCAGCAGAAAUCUGAAGCAGCUUCUUCUUCGACACUGUUGCAAGGAGAGGGAGAGAGGAAUGGACUGGAUUUGGCUUCCGGAAGUGGACAAAGAGGAGCAGAUAGAAGGAGGAGGAAGAAUAGUUCCACAGCUGAAAGGAAAGAUUGGAUUAGAUCGUUUUGGAAUUCAAUGAGUACUGAUUCGAAGAAAGAUUUGCUUAGGAUUAGGGUUAGUGAUCUCAAGGCAUAUUUUGGUUUGUUGAAAGAUGGAUUGGUGAGUGAUGUCUUAUCGGAGGCUUUAGCAUUUGCUGAGGUUAAUAAGACUUGGAAGUUUUGGGUUUGUUGUAGGUGUAGUGAAAAGUUUGCAGAUUCAGAGUCUCACAUGCAGCAUGUUGCUCAGGAACAUAUGGGGAACCUCGUGCCAGAAAUGCAGAACGUUUUGCCACAGAGUAUUGACAAUGAGUGGAUAGAGAUGCUCCUUAACUGUUCUUGGAAUCCUUUUGAUAUUUCUGCCGCAGUUAAAAUGAUUGGGAACCGGUCUAAAUGCCAGGACUCGGAGUUUUCAGAGGAUUUUUACUCAGGGAACCAUAAUGAGGAGUGUAAUGAUUGCUUCAAAGAUGCAUGGGGCUUAUCUCCUGAUAAGGAAAAUUUUGGGAAUCGUUACAAUUGUGGUAGUCUAGAGGGCAAUGAUUGUGACAAAGUUUCUAGCAUUGAGUGCAAAGAAUGUGAUGGAAAUAAGAGUUCUGUAGCAUAUCCCCUUGUGGAUAGUUGGCCAACAGUGGAUGAUGCCGAGAGGGCAAAGUUGCUUGAAAGAAUUCAUACUUCAUUUGAACUGCUUAUUAGACAUAAGUACCUUGCUGCAAGCCAUCUUACCAAGGUGAUACAAUUCACAAUGGAUGAGUUGCAGAGUCUGGUUUCUGGUUCUGAGCUUCUGAAUCAUGGUGUUGGUCAAACUCCCAUGUGCAUCUGUUUUCUGGGAGCUACGCAGCUUAGAAAAAUCCUUAAAUUCUUGCAGGACUUAUCUCAUUCUUGUGGUCUGGUUAGAUAUUCUGAGAAGACUGCCCUUGUGGAUAAUGUGAAUGGUGCCACUCAGAUUCUUGAGUUUAAAGAGAAGAUUGUUCUUAAUGCAGAUGCUUCGUGUCUCCUCCUGGAUCAACAUUUAUUGGCUGAUGCAGCAAUAGAAGAUGCUGCACUGGCAAAUGCUAAUGGUCGCAAUGGAAAUGGGUCUGUACAGGAUGCUGAUGCUCUGCUAUCCUGGAUCUUUGCAGGCCCCUCAAGUGGGGAUCAAUUGGCAUCAUGGAUACGCAUGAAAGAAGAGAAAUCACAGCAAGGACUGGAAAUUCUCCAGAUGCUGGAGAAGGAAUUUUAUCACCUGCAGAGUCUUUGUGAGAGAAAAUGUGACCAUAUAAGCUAUGAGGAAGCAUUGCAGUCUCUGGAGGAUCUCUGUCUUGAAGAAGGUAAGAAGAGGGAGACUGCCACUGAAUUUGUUCAUCAAAGCUAUGAAUCUGUCCUUAGAAAGCGAAGAGAAGGACUUGUUGAGAGUGAGAGCAGUAGAUUUGAGUUAGAUGCUAUAUCAAAUGUUUUAAAAGAAGCAGAAGCACUGGAUGUCAAUCAAUUUGGCUAUGAGGGUACUUAUGCUGGUGUGACUUCUCAGUUAUGUGACUUGGAAUCUGGUGAAGAUGAUGACUGGAGAGCUAAGGAUUAUCUGCAUCAAGUGGACACCUGCAUAGAAGUUGCCAUUCAGAGACAGAAGGAACAAUUAUCAGUAGAGCUAAGCAAAAUUGAUGCACGAAUCAUGCAAAAUGUUACUGGGAUGCAGCAGUUGGAACUCAAACUUGAGCCUGUGUCUGCACAUGAUUAUCGAUCAAUAAUGUUGCCUUUAGUGAAAUCGUACUUGAGGGCACACUUGGAGGAUCUGGCCGAGAAAGAUGCCAAUGAGAAAUCUGAAGCUGCGGGAGAAGCUUUUUUAGCAGAGCUUGCACGGGACUCUAAGAAAGGUGUUCGAGGAGGAAGCGAUAAUUCCAGACAUUCACAGGAGAAAAGCAAGGAUAAGAAAAGGAGCAAGGAGUUCAGAAAAUCCAAGGAUUCAAAGGCUUCUGGUGGAAAUGAGAAGCAUAUGCUUAAUGAUGAGGAUGCUGAGCAAGUUUCUUUGGCAGUUGCUUCUGAUGGUAACCAUCUAGAUUCUGAAGUUGUUUCUGUGAAUAGUGAUAACUUAAAACAACAAGAAGAGGAAUUUAAACGAAAAAUCGAGCUUGAAGCAGAGGAAAGAAAGCUUCAAGAGACUUUGGAGUAUCAAAGACAGGUUGAGAAUGAGGCUAAACUGAAGCACCUUGCUGAGCAAAAUAAAAAAACUAAUCAAGCAUACGCAGAGAAAGAAGCUGACAGAUUGCAUGAUACUUAUUUGGAAACCGGUGAUCUAGAUAUUCAGGAACAUUUGGCACUAAGGAACAGGGUCGCAAACAAUUUGGGUAGCAUACCAAUGAGCAGUGCCAAUGGUUCAGCUGUCUCAGUGGCUUCUAAUACUUCUGGAACUCAUGUGAAAUUUAAACAAGGAUUAGUUAAUGGUGCAGUCCCAGAGGAUGGUCUUUUCCCUAAUGUUCAACGCACAGGAAGAAAGGGUAGACGACAUAAGAGUAGCAACAAAUUUCUUGAUAAGUAUCAAGUCAUGUCUUCUGAAAAGGAAAACAUUCAACUUGGAAGCUCUCAUGGCAAUGUGGAAGAGCAAGUUAGAUGUGUUGAAGGUGUGCCUGUGGACAGUGUUGCUUCUAUGUCUGGAGAGGAAGGUACAAAGACCUUGAGACAACUGCAAGCUGAGGAAGAUGAUGAAGAAAGGUUCCAAGCUGACCUCAAGAAGGCUGUUCGCCAAAGCCUUGACACAUACCAAGCACAACAGAGAUUGCCCUUGGCUUCAAGUUCGAGAACAGUAAAAAGGGUACCUUUGCUAGUAAAUAACCAUGGUGUCUCACUAAAUGAGGUCUCCAGUGAAGGUUUGUAUGAAACUGAUGUGUUUGGUACAGGCCUGCAGAAUGAAGUUGGUGAAUACAAUUGCUUUCUGAAUGUUAUAAUACAGUCGUUGUGGCACUUGAGACGGUUUCGUGAUGAAUUCUUGCGGAGAUCGACAUCAGAUCAUGUUCACGUGGGAGAUCCAUGUGUCGUCUGUGCACUAUAUGAAAUUUUCACCGCCCUGAACAUUUCAUCUACUGAUGCACGGAGAGAACCUGUUGCCCCGUCAUCACUUAGAAUAGCCCUUAGCAACUUAUAUCCAGAUAGUAACUUUUUCCAAGAGGCUCAGAUGAACGAUGCUUCUGAAGUAUUGGCUGUAAUAUUUGAUUGCCUUCAUCAGUCUUUUACUUCUGGUUCGAGUGUUUCUGAUGCUGAUUCUAUGGACAGCAACUGCACAGGCUCUUGGGAUUGUGCAAAAAGUGCUUGUAUGGUGCAUUCUCUUUUUGGAAUGGAUAUCUUUGAGCGAAUGAAUUGCUACAGUUGUGGUCUGGAGUCCAGACAUUUGAAAUACACUACUUUCUUUCAUAAUAUAAAUGCCAGUGCACUGCGAACAAUGAAGGUGAUGUGUGCAGAAAGCUCCUUUGAUGAGCUUUUAAAUUUUGUGGAGAUGAACCAUCAAUUAGCUUGUGAUUCAGAGGCUGGUGGCUGUGGGAAGUUCAACUCUAUCCAUCACAUUCUCUCAAAUCCACCACAUGUUUUCACUACAGUUCUAGGUUGGCAGAAUACAUGUGAAAGUGCUGAUGACAUAGCAGCGACACUGGCUGCCUUAAAUACUGAAAUAGAUAUUAGUGUCCUUUAUCAUGGUCUAGAUCCAAAAAAUAAGCAUAACUUAAUGUCAGUGGUUUGCUAUUAUGGGCAACAUUAUCAUUGUUUUGCCUAUAGUCACGAUCAUGAAAGAUGGAUUAUGUAUGAUGACAAAACUGUCAAGGUAAUUGGUGGCUGGGCUGAUGUUCUUACAAUGUGUGAGCGGGGCCACUUGCAACCACAGGUUCUUUUCUUCGAAGCCGUAAAUUAAAAAUUUUAAUUGAAUCCUGUCAUAUUAUUUAAUACAACAGAUAGCAUUGGGCUUAACACGGGUUUGGCAUCUGAUUGCUGUCUCUAGUGAGUUGUUGUUCAUAGUCACAUUGCAACUCACAACCACGCAGUUUAUACGGUAAAACCAUGCAAAAAUUGAUUCCAAAGGAAGUUUGAGAUGGUUGGUUCCUUUGUUAGAAAAUCCACGGAUGUGAAUAAAAAGGAAGAGCUUGGGAUACAAUGAGCUUAUGUAGGAGAAAGUGGUCUUUUUGAGGGAAGAAAUGAUAACAAAGAGAUUUUCUUUACAACUGAGGAAAUUGGAUAAUGGAAGAGCAUGAAGUUAGUUUUUUGGUACUCCUGCCUCCAGUACUUUUUCUUCUUGGAACUUCCCAAUAAUGUAGCUUUGGUUGAGGGGGAAAAAAACAGAAAAAUUAUAUGAUUGGCUGGCCAUGAAUGCAUUGACGGAGAAUUUAAUGCUGCAACGAACAUUGGCAGGAGGAUACAACAAUUUUUAGUGGGGAAGUUACUAGAUUCAGAAACUGUGCUAGAUGUUUUUCUUCCUUUCUUUCCAAGAUUAUUUCCCCCAUUAUUCUAAAUAGGUUAUGUAUGGAUCAAUCAGGACCCCUAGUUCUUCAACUCUUGAUAUUCCAGCUUUUGAAGAAAAAUUUUGUUGUCAUCCUGAUGCUGAUGGGGUUUACAUAGUGAAUUUAUGCCAUUUUUUUGUCGGUUUAAAACCAAAAAUUGUCAUUCUUCAUUACUUGCUACUCUUUAUCUACUCUUCCCAAUCCAAAUUUCCCUCCCUGUUGGCUGUUUCCAUUCGCAUUCAAUGACAUUUGUCUGUGGAUGUUAAAAAAU